AUGAGUGCUAUAAAAUCAUAUUUUAAACAAGAAAUUAAUCCUAGAAUGUUCAAAAUUGAACAUCAGAAACCGGCUGACUUUUAUCUUAGUAAUUGGCAAACGACACGGUCAGCCGUGCCACUUUUAAUUCUGCGAGUAGUACUCCUCCUAGCGUCUUUAACGAUAGUUCUAUCUUCUCUAAUCACUUAUAUUGUAAAGGGUAAAUUUAGAUUCUGGUUCAUUUAUCUAACGCACUGGGGAUUGACCAGCAUACUUCUGGCUACGAGUUUUGCAGUUGCAGUGUCUGCGCGUAUCUACUUACGGGGACCUAUCAGUGGCGAGUACAAUUUACCAUGGUAUGUGAAGAUAUUUUGGGUGCUUUGCAACAUUGCUACGCCUUUUGCAUUUCUGAUCACCGUGUUCUACUGGACUGUGCUAUACUCAGCCGGCAUGGAAGAAGAAGUAAAUCACACACUGGACGUGGCUGUCCACGGCAUCAAUUCAAUAAUCAUGUUUUUACUACUGCUAAGCAGUUCGUUGCCAGUCCGUUUGCUACACAUAUAUCAACCAUUACUCUUCGGUAUCACCUAUAUGCUGUUUGGACUCUUUUAUCACUUAGGGGGAGGCAUAGACCGACUGGGUAACCCGUACAUUUACUCAGUAAUUGACUGGUCUAAACCUGGAACGACAGUCGUAGUGUUAUUAAUAACUGGAAUAUUACUGAUCCUGCUGCACUUCUUCACUACGGCCUUGGCUGUUGCGCGAGACGCGGGUACUGCUCGGUGUUUCAGGAAAUCUCAAACUGUAAAGCCAGCUGAAGGCAUGCCGCUCAGACAGCCUGAACAAGUGUACGCAUAA